AUGAGUGCCCACCUCCACCACCACCAUGUGGCGAAUUCCCACCACCACCGCCAUGCUUCGGCCGCCGCCAUUGCCAUCGCCACUGCCACAAGAAGUGCUGCUUCCCACCUCCACCACCAUGCUUCGAUGAGAAGCCACACUCUGAUGGCGAACAGUGCCACGGACCAUGCUGCCCACCUCCACCACCUCCUCCACGCGAUGGUUGCCCAGGACCAGAGCACAAGCCAUGCCAUGAUGGACCAGCUCCACCACCACCAUUUGGCGGAUGCCACGGACCUCAUCACAAGCGUUGCUGCGGCUUCCCAAUGCCACCUCCUCCAUGCCCAUGGAAGAAGCACGGCAAGCGCUCAUCAUCGUCUUCUUCUUCGUCUUCAUCAUCUUCGUCCUCGUCCUCAUCAUCUUCAUCAUCAUCGUCCUCAUCGUCUUCCUCUUCUUAUUCAUCAUCAUCUUUAA